CAGCUACCAUGUUCUCGUGUGUGAAGCCCUACGAGGGCCAGAACUAUUCGGCCCUGAAGCGGGCCUGCCUGAGAAAGAAGGUGCUCUUUGAGGACCCCAACUUUCCAGCCACUGAUGAUUCACUCUACUAUAAAGGCGCCCCAGGGCCUACUGUCAGAUGGAAGCGACCCAAGGAUAUCUGCGAGAACCCCCGCCUCUUUGUGGAUGGCAUCAGCUCCCAUGACCUGCACCAAGGCCAGGUGGGCAACUGCUGGUUUGUAGCGGCCUGCUCUUCACUUGCCUCCCGAGAGUCGCUAUGGCAAAAGGUCAUUCCAGACUGGAAGGAGCAGGAGUGGGACCCGGAGAAGCCCGAUGCCUACGCGGGCAUCUUCCACUUCUACUUCUGGCGCUUCGGGGAGUGGGUGGAUGUGGUUAUCGAUGACCGGCUGCCCACGGUCAACAACCAGCUCAUCUACUGCCAUUCCAACUCCUGCAACGAGUUCUGGUGUGCUCUGGUCGAGAAGGCUUAUGCCAAGUUGGCGGGCUGUUACCAGGCUCUAGACGGAGGCAACACAGCAGACGCACUGGUAGACUUCACAGGUGGUGUUUCUGAGCCCAUCGACUUGACUGAGGGUGACUUGGUCGAUGAUGAGGCCAAGAGGAACCAGCUCUUCGAGCGCGUGUUGAAGGUGCACAGCCGGGGAGGCCUCAUCAGUGCCUCCAUCAAGGCAGUGACAGAGGCUGACCUGGAGGCCCGCCUGGCCUGUGGCCUGGUGAAGGGCCAUGCAUAUGCCGUCACUGAUGUGCGGAAGGUGCGCCUGGGCCGUGGCCUGCUGUCUUUCUUCAAGUCAGAGAAGCUAGACAUGAUCCGCCUUCGAAACCCUUGGGGCGAGCGGGAGUGGAACGGGCCCUGGAGUGACACCUCAGAGGAGUGGCAGAAAGUGAGCAAGAGUGAGCGAGAGAAGAUGGGGGUAACCGUGCAGGAUGAUGGCGAGUUCUGGAUGACCUUUGAGGACAUGUGCCGAUACUUCACUGAUAUCAUCAAGUGCCGUCUGAUCAACACAUCCUACCUGAGCAUCCACAAGACGUGGGAGGAGACCCAGCUGCAUGGCGCCUGGACACAGCAUGAGGACCCACGGCUGAACCGCAGUGGGGGCUGUAUCAACCAUAAAGAUACCUUCUUCCAGAACCCACAGUAUAUCUUCGAUGUGAAGAAAGCAGAGGAUGAAGUGCUCAUUUGUAUCCAGCAGCGGCCCAAGCGGUCUACCCGCCAGGAAGGCAAGGGUGAGAACCUGGCCAUUGGCUUUGACAUCUACAAGGUGGAAGAGAACCGCCAGUACCGGAUGCACAGCCUACAGGAUAAGGUUGCUAGCUCCAUCUACAUCAACUCUCGAAGUGUCUUCCUGCGUACUGACCAGCCAGAGGGCCACUAUGUCAUCAUCCCCACCACCUUCCAUCCUGGCCACUCAGGCGAAUUCCUGCUCCGCGUCUUCACUGAUGUGCCCUCCAACUGCCGGGAGCUGCGCCUGGAUGCACCCCCACACUCCUGCUGGAGCUCCUUGUGUGGCUACCCCCAGCUGGUGACCCAGGUGCACGUCCAGCAGGCUGGUGGCCUCAAGGACUCCCCGACAGGGGCUAAUUCGUAUGUGAUCAUCAAGUGUGAGGGGGACAAAGUCCGCUCAGCUGUGCAAAAAGGCACCUCAACACCCAAGUAUGAUGUGAAAGGCAUCUUCUACCGCAAGAAGCCGGGCCAGCCCAUCACUGUCCAGAUCUGGAACCAUCGAGUCCUGAAAGAUGAGUUUCUGGGUCAGGUACACCUGAAGGCUGACCCGGAUGACCUCCAGGCUCAGCACACUCUCCACCUCCGAGAUCGUAACAGCCGGCAGCCCAGCGACCUGCCUGGCACCAUUACGGUGCAAGUCCUCAGCAGUGGGUCCCUCCUGGCCAUCUGA